AUGAAGGAGAAAGAUCAAGUAGAGAUCACUCUAGAAUCUAAUCCGAACGAAUUGAGAUUGCUAUUCAAUCUAAGCGCGCAGUAUCUUAGCUGCAAUAAGGAGCAGCUCGCGAGGUUGAAGUUGAUCUAUACUCUACUGCUUGGAAGGUGGCAGAAUUUAUCCCGUCAUCACAUCGAAGUCGAGGACACUAAGUUCUUGGAUGGCCUACAAUCCCUAAAAGGACUGAGGUAUCUCAGCCUGCAAGGGAUUUCUCGAAUAACAGAGCUGCCAAAGACGAUCACUGGCCUCACCAAUCUAUUGAUCUUGGAUCUCCGGUUGUGUCACAAUCUAGAAAACGUGACGGCAGCGGUGACGUCCAUCAAGUCCCUGACCCACCUCGACGUGUCAGAGUGUUAUUUGCUGGACAAGAUGCCUCAAGGGAUUGGCUCGAUGACAAACCUCCAAGUUCUCAAAGGGUUCGUGGUCGGGAGUGCCCGUAGCACAGACCAAUGUCGACUCAGUGAGUUGACUCACUUGAAGAAGCUAUGGAAGCUGAGCAUUCGCAUUGGGAGCGAAGCACAAAUUGGCGAAGAUUUGAACGAAUUAAGCGAAAUUGAAAAACUGCGGUCGCUGAAAAUUGCAUGGGGCCACAUGAAAUCCUCACCAUCGGAGUAUACAAAACCAAAAACAUCAAGGACAUUUUCACUCGGGAAGCUGGAGAAGCUAGUCCUUGAGUGUGUUCCUGAUGAUGACUCGGAGGAAAUUAAGCUGAGCCAACUGAGCCUUGUUAGUGAAGAUGUUAGAUGGAAUGUGGAGAUUCUGCGUCUUAAAUUUCUGAAAGAAUUGAAGUUGGAAUGGAAUUAUAUGAAGAGGGAGCUUAUACAGCUGAGAUGUGCGCAGAUUUACAAAUGUCCGAAGAUAGGAUCAUCUCUUCCUGGAUUCGAUGAGAACGGAUUUUGGGUGGAUGAAACUAGGGUUCCAAUCACUCGAACUAAUCUAGAAUUGCCAUCUGAUGACAAUGCCUGA